CACACCCACGUUAUUUGGACUAAUUUGGAGAUGGUGUAGAGCACGAACGUUUUUUUUAUCGGUCCCGGUGAUACAUUUCAAGUGCAUGUUGACAGAUUAUACUGACAAAUUCACUCAAACGAAGUAGUGCAUCAACUGAUCCACGAUAAAAGCAUUAAAAAUGCCUAAAUUCCACAAGAUCGAGAUCAACAAGACUGAAUGGGAGGUGCCAGAAAGAUAUCAGAUGCUGGCACCAGUGGGUUCAGGAGCCUAUGGACAAGUUUGUUCUGCUGUUGAUCAAACGACAAAUCAGAAAGUCGCAAUAAAGAAGUUAGCCCGACCAUUUCAAUCAGCGGUUCACGCUAAAAGAACAUACAGAGAGUUGCGUAUGCUGAAGCACAUGAACCACGAAAAUGUAAUCGGUCUACUAGACGUGUUUCACCCCGCCUCCAGUCUUGAAGACUUUCAGCAGCUAUAUCUGGUGACCCAUCUGAUGGGAGCAGACCUCAACAAUAUCGUGAGAACACAGAAAUUGUCCGAUGAUCAUGUACAAUUCCUGGUUUAUCAGAUUCUAAGAGGAUUGAAAUACAUUCACUCUGCUGGAAUCAUUCACAGGGACCUGAAACCAUCAAAUAUAGCAGUGAAUGAAGACUGCGAACUGAAAAUCCUUGAUUUUGGACUAGCGAGACCAACUGAGAACGAAAUGACUGGUUAUGUAGCGACCAGGUGGUACAGAGCCCCCGAGAUUAUGCUCAAUUGGAUGCAUUACAAUCAGACAGUUGAUAUUUGGUCGGUCGGCUGCAUAAUGGCAGAGCUGUUGACUGGAAGGACCCUGUUCCCUGGCACUGAUCAUAUUCAUCAACUCAACCUCAUUAUGGAAGUUCUGGGCACUCCUCGAGACGAGUUCAUGACGAAAAUAUCAUCAGAGUCGGCUAGGAAUUAUAUAGAGAGUUUACCCCCCCUCAAGAAGAAAAAUUUCAAGGACGUCUUCCGCGGAGCAAAUCCCCUAGCUAUUGAUCUUUUGGAAUUGAUGCUAGAGUUGGAUUCAGAGAAAAGAAUAACAGCUGAACAGGCACUGGCUCAUCCGUAUCUAGUGCAAUAUGCCGACCCGACUGAUGAGCCAGUGUCUCUUCCCUACGACCAGAGCUUUGAGGACAUGGACCUUCCAGUGGAAAAAUGGAAGGAAUUAAUCUACCACGAGGUCGUUAAUUUUGUACCUCAACAGCUUCCCUCCACCUCCUCAUCCGGCGAGGCGCCAUAAUUAUAAUUCACAUAAUUUGCAUGAUCAAUUGAUGAUGGGUAAUACCGGUGGCCUAAUCAUAAGCAGCGUAAGAUAAUAAUUAAGAUUAUUCUAUUUAAAAUCGAAAUGUACAAACUAACAUUUAGUGUACAUAUAUUAGACGUCAUUUUUUAGAAAUGAUUGUAUGAUUCAACUCUACUUCGAUUAAUUUUUUUUGUUCUUUCUGGAUUUAAUACAGAGUAUAUAUUUUUUAUUCGAAUUUUGAGAUGGUAAAACCGCGUCGGAAGUGCAUCGAAUGGAUAAAAUGAGUGAUUGCGGAGAGAGGCAAGAUGAGAAGAAUAAAAAAUUAUUUUGAUUUUUUUUUCUAGUGAAAUCUUUCCCAUUUCCAAUAAUUACUUUGAUAAUAAGCUCAUCUUCAUAUCCUACUCUUAAUUGAUUAAUAUAAAUAUUAUUGUGUACUGUGUACACUCCAAACACUGGCCCAUUAACCGAUCUAGUCGAUUAAGGCAACUAUCAGGCAUAAUCUGUGCCCUACGUGCCACAGAGUUCCGUAGAUUCCACAAAACUUCACAUUUUUUUUUUUAAUAAUUUCCUGAUUGGAUACGAAAUCGAUUUAAUUAAGUGAAAAUCCACAGGGUGAGAUUUGUAUUUUCUUUCUCAAAGUUUAAUUUUUUUAAUGAAGAUUUAAAAAAGGAGAAUGUUCCUCUGCUGUAUGAAUUUUUAUUAAAAAUAAUUCAUUGUUAUCCUAGCGAUUCAUAAUAUUCUUUUUAUGAUCAGCAUUAUACUGUUGGUUUAUCAUUUUUUUUUUGAUCUGUUUAAUAUGCGAUUGAAGGAGAUGUCAGGGUAUGAAAAACUCAUUUGUAAGAAUUACGGUUGAAACUCAAAUUUUAUGUAAUCGAUCACUGUUAAUUUUCCUCCGAAAUAUAUAUGAUCUCAAAAAUCA